UGCGUCGAUUGCCGUGCUAGUUGGCUAAGGGAUCAACCUGAAUUCGCUGACACUCAGAGUACCAAUUUCUUAUUUAAAGAUGCAGUUCAGCAGAUUUUAGCUCAAAAGCAAGCAGUCCAACCGGGUUUUCACUAAAGCCUGACCACUGUCUACCCAGGAAAGAUUAGCGAGUUUGGACUGUUUCCCUCUCGGUAAUUGGGAUUAGCUAGCUGGCUAACAAGCUAAUAACAAUAACAAGGCAGUGGGGCUGUCCGUAUCUGGCUGCAGCCUAAUGAUUUACCACAAUCAUUAGUUUGAUGGCGGAUAAAGAUUAAUAGUUUGUGAAAUAACUGCAGGUUGGUUACUCUCCUGCUUCCAAUACUAUAGCCAAUUAUUUCGGACGUUCAGAAUUAUGACUGAAUCGAGCAAUGUGAUUGAAGUAACAGUGAAGACUCUGGACUCACAGAGCAGGAACUACAAGGUCGGAAGUGAGUUGACAGUGAAGCAGUUUAAGGAGCACAUAGCAUCCUCCGUGGAGAUUCCAGUACACAAGCAGAGGCUCAUCUAUCAGGGCAGAGUGCUGCAAGAUGACAGAACGCUGACUGAAUACAACGUAGAUGGGAAGGUAAUCCAUCUGGUGGAGCGUGCUCCACCUCAAGCCACAAUGACAUGCCCUGGGGGUGUGGGUGCUUACACUAGAGGGGCAGAGGCUGGAACUAGCAGCAAUCACACCACCUCCCAAAGUGCACCACACGAUCGAAAUAGCAACAGCUACGUAAUGCUGGGGACCUUCAACCUGCCAGUGAACAUGAUGGAUCCACAGCAAGUACAGAUGUCAGUUCAGCAGAUGAUGUCAGGAGUAGGUGAUGCUGGAACAAGUGCCAGAGUGAGCUCUGGCUUGGGGAGCAACAGCUUGGUGGAUGUGCAGAUCAACUUGGACCAGUCAAUGCAAAGCGAGCCCAGAGUGAGGCUGCAGCUGGCUGAAAACCUGCUCAGAGAUGCUUGUGCUCUAAUUCACAGGCUGGAGGGUGUGUCCAGCGACAGCAACUCUGAUUCAGAGGUAGAGGUACCUCAGUCCUCUUCUUCCCCACCACCAUUGUCGUCCUCUUUAAGAGGAGCUGGAGCAUCACAACCCAUGGACACAAGCUCUCCUCUUGCGGCAACAUCUUCCACUUCCAGCCAUACUGAGAGAUCAGCCAACACUGGGCUCAACCACCCAAGUCCAGCUGAGUUUGUUGAGGUUCUGUCUGAGGUCAGGAGGGUGGAGGAGCGGUUGCAUCCCUUCCUAGAGAGGACCCACUCAAUCCUCGGAGCUGCCACCUCAGCAGACUACAACAACAAUACUCAGGAAAGAGAGGAGGAUCAGCGCAUUCUCAACCUAGUUGGAGAUGCUGUACGUCUCCUAGGAAACACCCUAGUUGUCCUUGGUGACCUGCGGUGCAACCUUGCGACCUCUCCCCCACGUCAUCUAUAUGUGGUUCGCCCCAUUGCCCGCUACACCCACCCAGUCCUGCUUCAGGCUGGUUUGCAACACAUGCCCAUUCCAAUAAACCUAGGGGGAACAGUAGCCAUGACAUCUAAUGGGAGACAAGCAGCUGAAGGGCAACGCCAGCCCUCUCAAGACAGUGGCCAAUCUAAUCAGCAGGCGACAGGCCAGGGUCUACCUCUUCAUUCAAACGGGACGACUCAUCAAGGACAGGGAGCACCCAGAGUGAUCCGGAUCACACACCAGACCAUGGAGCCUGUAGUCAUGAUGCAGAUGAACAUUAAUGGUGAGUCUGCUGCUGCUUCUCGUGGUCCAGAGCAGCCAAAUGUUGCAGGUCCUGGGCAGCCAGGAGCAGCACCUGGCCACUUUCCAGGACUUCCCCCUGAGUUCAUGCAGGCCAUUGUGCACCAGAUGUCUCACCAAGCUGCUGUCAUGGCUGCUGUAGCCUCCACAGGCCCUCCAGCACAGAUGAUGUCUGGUGCUGACUCAGUGCCCAGCGCUGAGGCAGCUGCUUCCCCACAGUCCCCCCAGGGUAGGAUGGUCAUCACCAGACCAUCAUUCUCCCCCCACAUCCCUCAGCCUGUGGCAACCAGAGGAACAACCAUCAACCUGAGGGCUACAGUACCCACAGCUGGCCAGCAGCCAGGACAGGGCACACCUCUGGCUCCCACCUCUCUUACCCAGAUGAUCGGUGGUAUGGUUGGACAGCUUUUGAUGCCAGGGCAACCAGCUCACCCUCAGUCCUCCUACUCUACCUCCUCUUCAUCAUCUGAAUCCUCCACCAUGUCCUCUCCUCCUCCCUCUGCCAACACCUCUGGACAGACACGAACCCACACUACUAGUUCUACCUCCAUAAGCCAGCCAGCAGAGGGCAGUCCUGAGACAAAUGUAGCUCAGUUCUUGGCCUCUCUGCUGGGAGCAGCUGGGCUAACUGGUCCUGAUUCUGGAUUGAGUCCCUCCAUUACUGUGACACUGCCAGGGGCACCUGGCUUCUUCCAGGGAAUGUCAGACUUCACACCUGCACCUGUUCCUGGCCCUGGUGCCUCAAGCCCUGCUCAGUCCACUGGCCCUGCCCCGCUUCAGGCUGGCAGCAGUGUAGGUGGAAAUUCUCUGAGCCCGGAGCUGUUCACUGGCAUUGUACAUGGAGUUCUUUCCACCAUGAUGAGUGCUCUUGGAGCACAGCAGGGUAGUGGAGAGAGCAUUGCCCAGUUCAUCCAAAGACUGUCUCAGACCAGCAACCUUUUUGCUCCUGGCUCUGGAGAUGCUGUGGGGUUUUUUGGAGACCUGCUGUCCCUGGUGUGUCAGAGUUUCUCUAUGGUGGAUGUAGUGCUGUUGCUUCAUGGGAAUGCCCAACCUCUGAGCCGCAUCCAGCCCCAGCUCUGUGAAUUCUUCACUGAACACUACCUCCAAGGUCAAGAGCCCACCGAUGCCAACAUAGCUACGGCUGCUGAGGACCUCAUCAAUGGACUGGAGGAGUAUAUAGCUGAGAGUUUUGCCACAGUGACCGUGCGCGAGGGAGUGGAUAUCGUUCAGACCAAUGUAUCUUUCCUCAGACAGCAGUUCACUCGGAUGGCCUCACAUAUCCUGCACUGCAGUGAUCAUACGUUUGGCCCCCAUCUGCUGUUGCUGUGCACUCAGGGCCUGUUUGAGUGUCUGGCCCUAAACCUGCACUGCCUUAGAGGAGAACAGGGCGCUUUAAUUGCUGUCAUCAACCACCGCAUUAGGAGGAUGUCAGCAGAAGUCAAUCCCAGUCUGGUCAACUGGCUAACGAGUAUGAUGUCUACAAGGUUGCAUGUCAUUCUGGAACACAACCCAGUUACUGAGGACCAAAUCCAGCACUACGUCAUCGCUACACAUGUAAUAAACAUAGUCAGUCAGUGAGCAGUAAUAUUUGCUGGAACUAGACACACUACAGUGCAUUUAGUAAAUGUUUCAUUUUUCAGAUGUACACUACCGAUCAAAAGUUUGAGAACACCCCAAUGUUUUUUUUUUUUUAAUUCAAGUAGUUCAAGUCCAAUGAAUAGCUUGAAAUGGUACAAAGGUAAGUGGUGAACUGUCAGAGGUUAAAAAAGGUAAGGUUACCCAAAACUGAAAAAUAGUGUACAUUUAAGAAUUACACAAAAAGACCUUUUUCAGGGAACAAAAAAUGGGUUAAUAACUUAAAGCUGUUCUGCAACAACAGAGGUUGAUUAAGCCUUGAAAGUUGGUGCCACCAAAUCCUAAAAGUGUCCCAACUUUACUUGAUUGCUUACAACCCCCUCUGUCUGCAUAAAAGUAGUGUUGGAACAUGUCAUGGCAUCAUGCCUUCAAGAGCACUAUUUGAACAGUACUGUAACACAGAAAGUAUUGUGUUGCUCUAAAAAUUGUGAGGAAAAGGCAAUUACCAAUAGAAGACAGACAGACCGUCAUAACACUCACAAUUAUAGGUCUGUCCUACUGUGUAAAGUGUGAAGAAAGUCAAGGUGUCAGUGAGUACAAUUUUCCUAAUCAUCAGAAGGCACUGAGAAACUGGGGGAAACUCUGAUAGGAAGAGGUCUAGAAGACCCAAAGCCACAACAGAAUCAGAAGACAAGUUUCUGAGAGUCAGCAGUUUGGAGAUAGGCAGCUCACAGGACAACAGCUUCAAGCACAGCCUAAUUGUGGUCAUAGUAAGACGUCUCAGUUUCAACUGUGAAGAGAAGACUUGGAGUUGCAGGUUUGACUGGUCAAGUUGCAACAAGAAAGCCAUUACUAAGAUGCCAGAAUAAGAAAAAGAGGCUUGCCUGGGCCAUGAAGCACCACCAAUGGACUACUGAAGACACAAAGUAUUAUGGACUGAUGAAUCAAAAUUUGAAAUCUUUGGUUCAUCAAGCAGGACUUUUGUAUGCUGUUAAGUAGGCAAAAGGAUGGUUCAACUGUCAAACAUGGAGGAGGAAGCGUGAUGGUCUGGGGCUGUUGUGCUGGAUCCAGCGUCGGUGACUUGUACAGAGUCAGACGUACCCUGAACCAAACAGCUACCACAGCAUUCUGCAGCACCAUCUGGUAUGUUCCUAGUUGGUCAGAGGUUCAUCCUACAACAAGAUAAUGACCCAAAACAUAAGUCCAAGCUAUGCCAGAAUUACCUUAGGAAAAAGAACAAGAUGAUAAGCUGAAAAAUGUGGAGUGGCAGCACAGUCUCCAGGCUUAAACCCCAUGGAGCUGGUUUGGGAUGAACUGGACAGAAGAGUGAAAGCAAAGCAACGUACAAGUGCCACACAUUUAUGGGAACUUCUGCAACAGAGUUGGGAAGAACUCUGAAGAAUAUUUAAUUUCCAUUGUGGAAAGAAUUCUACGAGUGUUUUCAGCAGUUUGAUGAGUCAAAAGUUUCCAGUACAUUUAGGUUUUUUAAAUUGAUUUUUUUUUUUUACUUAAUUUGUUCUAUGCUUUAAUUUCAGAGUACAAUGAGACAUGAACAUGCAUAAUUUCCAAUAAAAAACUGGAUAAAU